AUGGCUCUCAGGUUUUCCACGGUUUCUCUGGCAUUUGCUGCAUCACUUUUUGCAGUGCAAGCAGUAAUAAUGUAUCUUUGGAUGUAUCAGAACACUCUGUUGUUUUUAAUGUUUUUAAUAGGGGAUGUACCAUUAUUAAUGAACUUUUUACUUAGAAGGCACGAAUCCAAUAGUGCCAUUUCUGGAGGUCUCCAGUGGUUUUGGUAUAGCUUGAUAUUAACUCUUAAAAUGGUUUUUUUAGUUUGGUAUAAAGCAUUUAAUACAAAUUCAGAAACUUCACUAAUUGAUAGACUACCAUACACAGUAUUUCCUUCUUCAAUUAUUCCAACAAUACUGUUUAUUACUCCGGCAAUUUAUAUCCUCUUGUCAUUCAGAGCUGCUCCACAGCUAUACGGUUCACCAAUCUAUGUACUUUCAACAGAAAGCUUACUACAUUCAGAUUUGGUUACACAUGUUCUUUUAGACCUAAUUGACAUUCUUGUUCAAAUGCAGCAUGAGCAGUACCCGGCAAGUCUUCUAAUAAAUUCAACUUGGAUAUAUAUGUAUUCAGGUAUUGUUUUGAAUUUAGUAUUAUUUUUCCACGGUUUAUCCUUCCCCACAAGUGGUGGAGAGCCGACUAUUUCUCAAAGACAAGGCGGAGAUGUUUAUAUAGUAAGAAAGCAUGCAGCUUUGGUUGGCAUAUUUCUAGUUGAUAUUCCACUCUUGAUUCUUAGAAUUUAUAUCUGGCUUCAUUUCCCAGUAUUUCCAGGGUUUAACCCAUGGAUAAUGAAGAAUAUACUUUUUAUCCCAUUACAAAUUGUAAGACUAAACCAAUGUAGACUUGCUGAAAAGGAGAGGUUUCAUAAAUCUCAAAGAGAAAACUUUUUUUCCAGUAUUGUGAAUAGGGAUGGAACAAAAGGUGAUCCCCUAAUUAAAAGAACAAUUUCUUCAUACAAUUGCCAGCGCCCUCAAGUAAUACACAAUAAACGUUCUGACACAAGAAAUAGUACAGUAGAGCUUCCAAUAAUACAGAACAAAGAUGACUUCAAUGAGCAUUUGAAUUUGACUUCUGAUAUUAACAAUAGCUCAAGCUUAAAUAAUAAUUCAUCACAAUUUAGGCAUAAUUUCUCAUCCAAAAAUGAAGCUUCCAGUAUGCAGAAUAUUGGUAGCAAUAACUUUUCGACUGUGAACAUACAGAAAUCCUAUAAUAUGAGUAUUAGACAAAGGAUCCCAAAUAACGAUGAGGCAGUUUACCAAGAAAACGGCUCAGACCAAUUCUCACAAAAUCUUUCAAAUAAAAAUGACCAAACCAAUAAAGAGGCUGAUUCUACAAUUAAAAGAAAUUUUGACCACAUAAUUAAGGAUAUUAACUCUAGUAGAAAAAUUCCGGCUCGUAGCUUUUCAUUUGGGACAAUAUUGAAGCAGAUUAUUUUCAUGUUUCAAAGAAGUGGCCAGUCUUCAUAUUUAUCUUCAAUUCUUGAUAAUACUUUGAAUGUUACUCAAUUCCAAAAUAUCAGACUUUCUCUUGCGCUCAUUAUCCCUCUGAUUUCCCAGAUAGCACUUUCUGUUGUUUGUAGAACCCCAGAUCAAGGUGGCAUGGAAGUACAGUGUAAUAUAAAUUGGUUUUUCCCUGAUGUAACUAAAGAAGGUGGAUUCUACAAAAUGAAGUGCAAUGCAACGUAUAUUUCAUUUAUGUGUAUAAACUUCGUUUCAUACAAUAUAUUGUGGUUUGGAAUGGCGAAUUACUUUGAAGUUUUUUGCGGAGCAAUUUACCAACUUGUGAUGGUCAGUUCCUACUUCUUUGUAAUACAUAGUAUAAGAAAUGCAAACUUCAUUGAUCCUUUUCUUUCUGAGAAAAAUGUGGAUAUAGGAAAUAUUCUGGUUUUGCUUUGUGUUUGUCCUGCGGUACUUACUAUGUUGUUUAAUUAUUUCCCUCUUUCCAGCGCAUUUCUUGGAAGAAAGCAUCUUAGGCUUACAACUCCAUUCUCAAAGAAACAAUGGAUUGUAAACCAAAUCCCUGUUAACACCGAGAAGAAGACCAAAGAGAUUGAAAUUAACAAAAUUCCAAAAGAAGGCAAUAAUAAUUCCAGAGAUGAUGAGGUUGGUUACCUUAAUAUUGGAUCGUGUUUGCUUCUUCUUAAUUGUAGGUUUGGAAUUGCACCACUAAGCAUGAACGAGCUUCUCAUUGGUCCAGAUACAAUUAAAGGAAUUCGACUUAUUGACCUUUUACUCUCCACUUUCUAUAGAGAUAUUUUAUUUAUUUUUGUUACUAGGGGAAUUUUACUCACUCUAUGUUUCACAUGGGCAUCUCUUGGAGUUUUUGCUUCACAUUUAACAUUUAUGAUUUUCUACGGAAUCACUUCUCAUACUAUCCGGCUUCUUGCGCUAAGAAGAUUUGAACUCAAAAUCUUAUUUCAGAAAAUCCUCAGAGAUAUCGUUAAAGAAGAUACUAUAAUUCCCAAUCUCCCAAACCAGUCUUCAAUUAUUCUCUCCAACUUCAACCAACUUUAUAGGAGUGAAGAAUGGAAAAACUCUUGUCUCCAACAGUCCUUCUUUAAAGAUAGACAAACUUCCGUCCAGCAAGCUGAGCUCUUGCAAAUUAUUAACCAAAUUUCACUCCCCUACAUUGCUCAUAACAACAUUAUUAAAAAGUACUCCUCUUCUGGAUUUUUUUCAUCUCCUGGUAAUAUUAUGCUUCCUUAUACUAUUGGGACUAUUCCUCUCUAA